AGCUAUGAAAGUGAUACUACAAAGCAGAAAACAUUUUGGUUAAGGACCAACCCCUCCGAGGUCUUUUAUAUCUCUCUCCAACAACUCUGCUGUUCUGUUGGACGGCAGGUCAAGAUAGAAGACUUUCCCAGCAAAAUGCUUCAGCAGGGCGAUGCGGGACUUCACUGGCGAUCUCUUCUGUCUGCUUUUGCCAGGGAUACCUUAAAAGAGGAAAACAUGAGCGGUCAACGUUCUUCAACCUCGGACAUAGAUCAUGGCAUUACACCAAUCCAACAGAUGCUGGCGUCGUGCUCCGGAGCACUGCUUACAUCCCUGUUUGUGACACCUUUAGAUGUUGUGAAGAUCAGACUUCAAGCACAGAAAAGUCCUUUCCCUAAAGGAAAAUGCUUUGUCUACUGCAAUGGUCUCAUGGACCACUUAUGCGUGUGUAUGAAUGGCAACAAGGCGUGGUAUAAAGCACCAGGACACUUCAAUGGCACCUCGGAUGCAUUCGUCAAGAUCGUACGCAACGAAGGAGUCAGGUCCUUAUGGAGUGGUCUACCUCCAACCCUUGUUAUGGCCGUGCCAGCGACCGUCAUUUACUUCACCUCUUACGACCAGCUACGUGUAUUCCUGAAGGUUAAGAUGGGCAAAUACGAGCAGUUUGCACCUAUGGUGGCAGGAGCUAUAGCAAGAGUAGGUGCAGCCUCAGUCAUUAGCCCAAUCGAGCUUCUGCGGACCAAGCUACAGUCGCAGAAGCUGUCAUACAGGCAACUAGGAACUUGCGUGCGGACGGCCGUGGAGGUCGACGGCUGGCUGUCGAUGUGGCGAGGCCUGGGUCCCACGCUGCUACGGGAUGUGCCUUUCUCUGCCAUUUACUGGUACAACUAUGAGCGUGGCAAGCGGUGGCUGUGCCAGCACUACGGCACCAAUGAGCCUACCUUACCCAUGACCUUCAUGUCUGGUGCAACAUCUGGCACAGUUGCAUCAAUCAUAACGUUGCCCUUUGAUGUCGUCAAAACAAGAAGACAGGUGGAACUAGGGGAGCGAGAAGCAAUGAAAUUAUCAUACAAGGCAUCCUCCACUGUCAGCAUAAUGAAGAAGAUUGUGGCACAGCAUGGAAUCAAAGGCCUGUUUACAGGUUUUCUCCCUCGGGUGGUCAAAGUGGCACCCGCCUGCGCCAUCAUGAUCACCACCUAUGAGUUGGGAAAGGACUUUUUCCGCAAGAGCAACCAGGCUCGAAUAACUGGGGAGGCCUCUGUACACCAGUAACACCUCAAACAUGAUCAUUUAGACUUCCCAAAUACUAUGCUUAAAAAACAGCACUAAGAGAUUAUUAAAAGUAUGGUAUAUUAUAGUAUUUUUCGUUUAAUAUUCCAUAAAGACACAAUUCUGUUUGUACCACUUGAAAUACAAUGAACUCUGGCUUUCUGCAGAAAGUAGGGAUGGAACCUUGCCGCUGACAGGCAGAAUAUAUGAAUUUACAUUCUUCUCUAAAUACAGAUGGUAUUUGCAUAAAAAAUACAGUGAGACCUCGACAUACGAUCGCUUCGACAUACGUUCUUUUCGACAUCCGACGUAAAAUUUGACUCGCCAUGUUUCUACAUCCGACGAACAUGCUCGAAAUACGACGAUUUAUGACAACGCCGCAGUUUGUUUUCCCGCAAGACGGAUGCAAGGUGGAUGCUCUUGUGAGACAAAUCAACCUGAUUGCAGGUGGUGAAAAAAGGAAAAUGGUUACGCUUACCAUUGAAAUGAAGAUGGAAAUGAUUGAAAAAUAUGAGCAUGGUGUGCGCGUCCGUCAAUUGGCUCGACAAUUCAGCCAUAGUGUCUACGAUCUCGAUGUUCCUCCUCUGAUCUCCGUUGACCAGUCUUUAUAAAUUAAGGCGACAAUUAUUAUCAUUGUAACAUCGCCAAAGAAAUAAAAAAGAUAACGCCUACCCUCCGCCGCGGCUGACGCCAACAACAGCAGAACAUUAAAAAGUAAAAUCUCUACCGCACCUGUCUCAUUCUGUCACGUCAGCCACACGAUGCGUUCAGGUACAGCACGCAAAACACAUCCGCCAUAUUAGAACCCGAUUCGUUACAUUAAUACAAGAAUUAUUAUAUUAUUAUUCCAAAUUUUAUUUAUAACUUAUUUGUUUUGCUAUGUGUAAUUGCCUUUUGUAAUAGUACCAGUGGUAUUUAUUAAGGAUUUAGUGUAGGUUUUCGGGCUGUGAAACAAAUUCAUGGGAUUAUAAUGUAUUCUUAUGGGAAUCCCCUUGACAUACGACCUUUUCAACUUCCAAACAAGGUCCUGGAACAAAUUAAAUUUGUAUAUAGAAUAGAGGUACCACUGUAUUACAAGCGCUUCAAAUGCAGACCUACACUAAGACAAGUCGAGACUGAAAAGACUCGAGUAUAAAAUUGAUUAAGAAAAAAAAAAUGUGUUUAAGGUUGCGUUCAUUGCCUCGCUUCUGUCAGACUGCCCCAAGGCAGCUGUUGUAACAUUAGCUUACUACUAUCUAGUAUGGAGUGAAAGAAUAAUGUAAUGGAAAGUGUCUUUUGAGUGUCCUGAAAAGCAUUAUUUAAAUCCAGUGCAUUAUUAUUAUCAUUAUUUAACGAGGUGGUAGAAGUUUAAUAUUCCAAGAAUUUAAGGUAUCUAUACGAAAUGAACUGACAUUGUAUUUCCCUAGUGCCUUUCUCUUGACUUUUGUCAACUCCUGUUUCCAUGGCAGUGUUGUACUGAGCCGAAUAAUAAUUCCUAUUGAGUAAUUAUUGGUUCGAAAAUUUAUUAGGGGAAGAAGUUUUCAUAGCGCAGAUAUUACGUAUUUUCCCCUAGCUGAUUUUACGUAUGCAUGACUUCUUAAAGAAAAAGACAACGGUUAGCAUAAAUGACCUUCAUGUGAAAUAUGGUUGCUCAAAGAAUCUAAAUAUGCAAAAUUGCAAGUUUUUGGGAACUACGGUAAUGGAGAAUGUUUAAACAAAAAAAUAACACCGCUUGUGCGCACAGCCAUUGUGUGUGAAACGCGUGUACUGCACAUAAACACUGACACAUUCGAAACAGGAAAAAAAGUUGCUGUAAAAAUAGACACACAUGCUUUAUGGUUCAUACUUUAUACCUGUACAAUUUCUUUUUCUCCAUUCUCUGUGUGGAACUCAGACAAAGCCUGCUUCAAUUCCUGGAGCCAUUAAAGGUCGUUUCUCCAAUAGACGUGCAUAUUACAGUGGAUAGCCAAUGUGUAAAAAAUUAGGCGGGAUAAUCUGAAAUACGGUACUCGCUUUUGAUUGGCUAAAAUCGUACGAUUGUUUAAAAAUGUUUGACAUCUAUUUUGUCUACCGUAUUUUUCGGAUUAUAAAGCAGACCAGAUUUUAUGCGCACCACCAAUGAACUUUAUAUAAAUAUACAUAUAUAUAUUUAUUGGCAGUGUAUCAAAUACUUGUUCUCCCCACUGUAUAUACAUAUACAGAAAGCGCACCUGAUUAUUAGGCACAUUAUGCAUCAAUGUAUUGCAUUUGUUGUUUGGUCUUUAUCUUUUAACAUUUUUGUUUUUUUUUCUGGGUUUGAUGAUGACAGAGUGUCUUGAGCAAUAUAAUAUUGUUAUGCUCCCCAAAAAUGUUUUAGAUAAGGGCACACAACCAGAAUUCAUACAUGAAUCGCACUGUCAAUUUUAGGGAAAAAUAAAGCAUUUUCAGUCUGCCUUCUUGUCCGAAAAAAAACAGUACUUACUGGAUAUAUUGUUUUUAUUGACAUUUUUUCCACUAAUACACAUAAAAAUAUAUAUUCUUUUCAAAUUUAUAAGCAAGAUUCUUUCCACUGGGAUAAAACCAUGUGUUUCGCUUUAAGAACGAGCUGAACUUAUGCCAUUUUGCUAAAAUGUCACGAAUUUCAAACACUUUUGACCACAUCUGUUAUUUUUGCUAUCAUUACUCAGAGAUGAUCGUUGAUUUAUUCAUAUGAUAACCUCUAAUUCCAGUCGGAAUUCAUAUCACAACUACUUCAGUAUCUACAUUUGAGGCUCACCAAUUUAGACUUCACAAAACUACUGCUUUUUGUCUUGGCAAAAAAAAUAAAUAAUAAAGUCAUUGUUUUUGUGUCAAAA